AUGUCGAAGAGCGAACCUCUCUCUGUUGAUGCGUUGCUGCAGAAACAGAAGGCUGAGAAGGAAGCCACUGCCAAGCCCAGGUUUCUCACGAAGGAGCAGCGAGCUGCGCUGGCGAUUGAGAAGCGCAAGGCGGAGAUUCGCGAGGCGAAUGCGAAACAGGAAGCCGCACGAAAGGCGCGCGAGGAACUCGAGCGCGAAGCCGAGGCUGUGCGUGCAGCCGAUCGCUCUGGGAGGUACGGCGGCAAUGCUAGAAAUGACGACCGCGACCGCGACAGGUAUGGGCGCGGCGAUGGCCGAGGCGGCCGUGGAGGGCGGGACAACGACCGACGAGACGACCGCGACCGCGACCGGCGUGGCGGCCCGCCGACUGCCCCGCGCGGCGCACCUACUGGGCCUCGCGCAGACCGUGGCAAUGGCAAGACACCGCCCACGGGACCGUCCUCGUCGAUGCCGCCCCCGCCAGUACCAGCAUCCGCCUCAGGUUCAUCUUCCCCCGCACCGCCAGAUGGGUCCACGUAUACGCCACCCAUGAGCCAGGACGAGUUGACUGCGCUGAGAGCUCGUUAUCUCGGUGUAGGUCAGAAGAAGCGGAAACUACGCAAGAUGAGCGACCGCAAGUUCGUGUUUGACUGGGACGAGACGGACGAUACAUUUGCUGCGGAUGCGCCCGGAAGCGUUGGUGCUGCACGGCAGGGCGCUCAGGUCAUGUUCGGGCGCGGCCACAUUGCUGGCAUGGAUGAUGGCGGAGGGCUUGGUGCAGGAAGCGGCGAUCGCCGUAGUGGAGGGCGCGACGAGACCCAGCUCGCAGAUGCGAUGGAGAGGCGGAAGGCAGCCAAGGCAGGCUACGAUGACCGGCACUGGACCGAGAAGCCAUUAGCGGAUAUGAAGGAGCGCGACUGGCGUAUCUUUCGCGAGGACUUCAGCAUUGCUGCACGGGGAGGCAAUAUUCCUCAUCCCCUGCGCUCGUGGGAAGAGUCUACUAUACCAACUCAGAUUCUCGAGAUCGUGGACAAGGUUGGCUACAAGGAGCCAUCCCCAAUUCAGCGCCAAGCUAUACCUAUCGGUCUGCAAAAUCGUGAUAUUAUCGGUAUCGCUGAAACCGGAUCCGGCAAGACCGCAGCCUUCGUCAUACCAAUGUUGACUUUCAUAAGCAAGCUCCCCGUCUUCACGGACGAGAACCGGCACUUGGGGCCGUAUGCACUCAUCCUGGCACCAACGCGAGAGCUUGCGCAGCAGAUUGAAGCUGAAACGCGCAAGUUCGCCGCUCCGCUCGGUUUCCGUUGCGUAUCCAUCGUUGGUGGACGCGCAGUCGAGGAGCAGCAGUUCAACCUACGCGAAGGUGCCGAGAUCAUCAUCGCCACGCCAGGUCGUCUCAAGGAUGUGCUUGAACGACACGUCAUUGUGCUCUCUCAAUGUCGCUACGUCGUUAUGGACGAAGCGGACCGUAUGGUUAACCUCGGCUUUGAGGUUGAUUUGACGUUCAUCCUCGAUAAAUUGCCGAGUGAAAUGAUGGAGGGCGAAGACGAAGGCGAGGCGAUGGACGUUGACGGAGAGACAAUGGUCAAGAAGGGUCGCACGCGCGUCACAACCUUGUUCAGCGCGACCAUGCCGCCUGCCGUAGAGCGCAUAGCGCGGAAAUAUCUCAAGCGGCCCGCUAUCAUUACAAUCGGCGAAGCUGGUCGUGCAGUCGAUACCGUCGACCAGCGCGUUGAGUUUGUUCAGGGAGACGAGAAGAAGAAGGCGCGUUUGCUGGAAAUUCUCAACAGCGGCACCUUCCCCUCGCCUAUCAUCGUCUUCGUCAACCAGAAGAAGACGGCGGACAUGGUUGCGAAGGAUCUCCAGCGGGCGGGCUGGUCCGCGAGCACGCUUCACAGUGGGAAGAACCAGGAGCAACGUGAAGCCGCACUACAGUCACUACGUACUGGCGAGGCGGACAUUCUCGUCGCCACCGACUUGGCCGGACGUGGUAUCGAUGUCCAGGACGUCUCACUCGUCAUCAACUUCCAGAUGGCGAACACGAUCGAGGCGUACGUUCAUCGUAUCGGUCGCACGGGUCGUGCGGGCAAGCAGGGCACGGCCAUCACAUUCCUCACAAAUGAGGACGACGAAGUCAUGUACGAAUUGCGGCAGGAGAUUGCGAAGAGUCCUGUGUCGAAGGUUCCGCCUGAGUUGGCCCGUCACGAGGCCGCACAACAUAAGGUCACCCGAGACAUGAAGCGGAAGCGCGAGGAUGAUGGUUGA